AUGCCUACCAGGGCAGUGACAGCUAGGAGCUCACGCCGGACUAAGAAGAAAGGCAACCAGCUACAAAGACCAUGGCUGUACGAUCUAGUUUUGUGGGCACUCUCUGUCCUCAUUGAUCUCUUCUUUCGUGAGGUCCAUCCUCGAGGAGCAUGGAAAGUCCCUAGACAAGGUCCCAUCAUUCUUGUGGCAGCCCCUCACGCCAAUCAGUUCGUCGAUUCGCUGAUUCUGAUGAGAAUUCUCAAGACCGAGGCCAGGAGGAGGAUUUCAUAUCUGAUCGCGGAGAAAUCUACCAAACGUAAAUUUAUUGGGACUUUGUCCGCUGCAAUCGGAGCGAUCCCGGUUGGCAGGGCCCUUGACAAAGUGAAGCCAGCUGAGGGCAAGAUAUUUCUCCCUGACCAAGACAAUGAUCCGACCCUGAUCUGCGGUGUCGGAACUGAUUUCAAGAAUGGUGACUUUCAAGUCGGAGGACUGAUUGUGUUACCCAAAGUGAGAGGCCAAACACCAAGCACCGAAAUUGCUGAGAUUAUAUCCUCGACCGAACUUCGCCUCAAGAAGCCUUUCAAAACCCAAGAAGCUUUAGAGUCGCUGACCGGCACUGGCUCCACGAGCGGAACGAGCGAAGAUCACCACGGAAACCGGGUCGGGUCUCGCGGCUGUCCAUUCAGGGUCGCCCCAUACGUAGACCAAACCAAAGUCUACAACGCUGUAUUUGAGGAACUUGAGGCCGGCGGUUGUAUUGGCAUUUUCCCGGAAGGCGGUAGCCAUGACCGGCCAGACCUCUUGCCUCUCAAAGCAGGUGUUGCCAUCAUGGCCCUCGGGGCCGAAGCCAAUCAUCCCGGUUGCGGUGUCAAGAUCAUCCCUAUUGGCAUGAACUACUUCCACGCGCACAAAUUCCGAUCCCGGGCGGUGAUUGAAUUUGGUCACCCCAUUGAAGUUCAUCCGGAACAAGUUGAAGCAUACAAGGCUGGUGACCGGAGAAAUGCCGUCGGAUCUCUGCUCGAAACAGUGUUUCAAGGACUGAUGUCCGUCACGCAGUCCUGUCCUGACUAUGACACACUCAUGCUAGUGCAAGCUGCUAGAAGGUUGUACAAUCCUACGGGGAAGAAACUGCCACUUCCACUUGUGGUCGAGCUCAACCGACGUCUUGUCAAAGGCUACACGACAUAUCAGAAUGAUCCGCGAGUCGUGGUCCUGAAGAAGGAUAUCAGUGACUAUAACCGCAGGCUUCGAGCUCUUGGAAUCCGAGACCACCAAGUCGAAUGGGGAAAUCCUGCCAAACGACCCUGGUGGCUUAUUCUCAGCACACUGAUAUACAGAUUGGGCGAGCUUUUGUUUUUGGGCCUCGGCACUCUUCCAGGCCUGGCCAUGUUUUGGCCCGUCUUUGUUACCGCCAAAGUCAUAUCGGCCAGAAAGUCACGAGAAGCGCUCGCCGCCUCGACUGUGAAACUACAAGGUCGCGACGUCAUCACGACAUGGAAGCUACUUGUGGCCAUGGCAUUCGCACCGGCGCUUUACAUUUACUAUACCGUCAUCAUGUCCUUGUGGCUAUUAUACAACCGCCGCGAAGGAUACUACACCUCCCGCGUGCCUUGGUGGAUGGUUGCGCGGUCAUACGUCCCCGACUUCGUCCCGGUCUGGCUCUUCGCCAUUCUGUUCUUUAUCUUGUGUAUUAGCAUCACUUUUGCGGCAUUGAGAAUUGGCGAGAUUGGUAUGGAUGUGAUCAAGUCAUUGCCGCCACUCUUUGUCGCUCUCAACCCUCGUUCGUCCAGUCGGAUAGUAAAACUGCGACAGAGACGGGAAGCACUCUCGAAAAAGGUCACCGAACUCAUCAAUACCUUGGGACCGGAGAUCUUCCCCGACUUUGACGCCGAGAGGAUCAUGGCAGAUCCCUUCCGAGAGGGAGCCUAUCAAAGCAAAUAUAAGAAAAUGCCCGAGGAACCAAGAAUGUCAGACUCGGCCGAACCGACCACACCCACCUCGGGUGUUUUCGAAGAGAGAUCUUCGGACUCGGCGGGCUCCAAAUCUUUCAGCUUUCUCCCAUCGAAUGAGUCGUUUGGCAACAUUGGCGGGUUCGGAUUUUUUGCAUCCAGACCGGCGACACCCAAGAGCCGGAGCAGGAGCAGUUCCGCUGGCGGGGCGCUGUCUUCGACGGGGAUGCCGGUCAGAGCACUGAGUACCUUGGACAAUAGAGAAAGCUUUGACGAGGUCAGCAAGCGCAUUCGAGGGGCAAUGCGCGAAAGAGGUCGAAAACGUGAAAGUGAAGCGGCAGAAACAGGUACGGAAAGUAGCUGGGACAUGGCGUCCGACGGGCAGAUAACCCCAACGACAGAGGAUGAGGAACCUAAGAAGGACAGGUAG